CGCACAACCAACAACUCGUCUAUAAUGGAACACAUUGUCCUUCUCCAGUUCAAGCCCGAAGUGACGCCGGAGGCCAUCACUGCCCUCGGCAACUCCAUCUUGGCGCUCAAAGAAGUCGUCCCCGGCAUUAUUGACAUGGCGUUUGGCGAAGAUCUCAAGGUCGGCUACGCCCAGGGCUUCACGCACGGCCUCGUCGCGCGCAUGGAGAGCCCCGAGGUGCUUGCAGCCUACGACGUCCACCCGAACCACGUCGCCGUCGUCAAGGUCCUCCGCGAACUCGCGGCGAACUUUUUGACGUUCGACUUUGUGAGCUCGCGCGAUGCCCCGGUCCGUAGCCGCGUCUAGGCACAUAAAACCUCUACAAAUAAAAGCAGUCGAAUGCACCAUUGUCGUACGUGAAGCGAAUCGGCCACGAA